AUCAUCUUUUAGUACUUUGAGUUGGAAGGUCAGUCUGGAAGCUUACUCAAUUUUCUUUUCCUUCACGCUCCUAAAUUAUCAAAAAACCUAAAACCCCAAUUUUUCUCUUAACAUGGAUAUUGACAUUGAUUUCAAAGAAUACAAACUCAGCUGUGAGCUUCGGGGCCACGAAGACGACGUCCGUGGUAUAUGUAUAUGUGGUGAUGCUGGGAUUGCCACUUCAUCACGGGAUCGGACAGUGAGGUUCUGGUCUCUUGAUCAAUCGAAUAAUAAAAGAUAUACUUCGUCAAAGAUUUUGUUGGGGCAUUCAAGUUUUGUGGGUCCUUUAGCUUGGAUUCCACCAAAUGAGGAAUAUCCAGAAGGUGGGAUUGUUUCUGGUGGGAUGGAUACAUUGGUUUUGGUUUGGAAUUUGAGUAAUGGCGAGAAGGUGCAGACUUUGAGAGGCCACCGGUUGCAAGUCACUGGCAUUGCAUUGGAUAAUGAGGACAUUGUCUCAUCCUCUAUUGAUUGUACUUUGAGACGGUGGAGGAAGGAUCGAGGUGUUGAGUCCUGGGAGGCUCAUAAAUCAGCUAUCCAAGCUGUUAUAAAGCUGCAUUCAGGCGAGCUUGUUACAGGCUCGAGCGAUACAACCUUAAAACUUUGGAAAGGGAGGACAUGUUUGCACACUUUUGUAGGGCACUCAGAUACGGUUCGAGGCUUAGCAGAGAUGCAAGGAUUGGGUGUUCUUUCUGCAUCACAUGAUGGUUUGAUCAGGUUAUGGGCAAUAACUGGCCAAGUAUUGAUGGAGAUGGUUGGUCAUACUUCCAUUGUCUAUUCAGUCAAUUCACACAUUUCUGGACUUAUUGUCAGUGGCAGUGAAGAUUGUUCAGCAAAGAUAUGGAAAGAUGGCGUUUGUGUUCAAAGCAUAGAGCAUCCUGGUUGCGUUUGGGAUGCCAAAUUCUUAGAAAAUGGUGAUAUUGUGACAGCCUGUUCCGAUGGAGUUGUACGUAUUUGGACAUCACAUCAGGAAAGGAUUGCAGAUCCACUAGAUCUUGAGUCAUAUGUGUCCCAGCUUUCUCAAUACAAGUUAAGCAGGAAGAGGGUUGGAGGUUUGAAAUUGGAGGAUUUACCAGGGCUCGAUGCUUUACAGAUUCCAGGAACCAAUGAUGGCCAGACUAAGAUCAUCAGAGAAGGGGACAAUGGUGUAGCAUAUGCAUGGAAUCUGAAAGAACAAAAGUGGGAUAAGAUUGGUGAAGUCGUUGAUGGACCAGCUGAUGGCAUAAAGCGGCCUGUUCUUGAUGGAAUUGAAUAUGAUUAUGUAUUUGAUGUUGAUAUUGGUGAUGGUGAGCCUAUUCGUAAGUUGCCCUACAACAAAACAGAAAAUCCGUACUCAACUGCUGAUAAGUGGCUUCUCAAAGAGAAUCUUCCUCUUUCCUAUCGUCAACAAAUUGUACAGUUCAUACUUCAUAAUUCUGGACAACGGGACAUGGCUCUUGAUUCAUCAUUUCGUGACCCAUUCACUGGCUCGAGUGCUUAUGUACCUGGACAGCCAUCCAACUUGUCUGCUGUUUCAACAAAGGCUACUUACAAGCAUAUUCCUAAGAAAGGAAUGCUAGUUUUUGAUGUGGCACAGUUUGAUGGGAUACUGAAAAAGAUAACCGAGUUCAACAAUGCUCUUCUAUCUGACCCAGAAAAACAGAACUUGUCUUUGCUGGAGGCUGACAUUUCAAGACUUGGUGCUGUGGUCAAAACUUUGAAGGACAGCUCACAUUAUCAUACUAGUAGUUUUGCACAGGCUGACAUUGCUUUGCUGUUCAAAUUGCUAAAAUCUUGGCCAGUGGCAAUGAUAUUUCCAGUUGUUGAUAUCCUGAGGAUGAUUGUCUUGCACCCAGAUGGAGCAAGUGUAAUUCUCAUGCAUAUUGAAAAUGGAAAUGAUAUACUAAUGGAAAUGAUUGAGAGAGUCACCACCAAUUCUUCGCUGGCUCCAAACUUUUUAACCACCAUCCGUCUUGUGACUAAUUUGUUCAAGAAUUCAGGCUAUUAUAGCUGGCUACUAAGGCACCGCAGUGGGAUAAUUGAUGCCUUCUCUAGUUGCUGUCCAUCACCAAAUAAGAAUUUGCAGUUGUCAUAUUCUACCUUAAUACUCAAUUUUGCUGUGCUUUUAAUAGAGAAAAACGAUCAAGAGGGUCAAUCCCAAGUUCUUUCAGCAGCUCUUGAGAUUGCAGAAGAGGAAAAUCUAGAAGUUGAUUCAAAAUUUCGGGCUUUAGUUGCAAUUGGAUCACUGAUGCUUGAUGGUCUGGUUAAACAAAUUGCAUUGGACUUUGAUGUUCAGAACAUAGCCAAAAUAGCCAAGGCUUCUAAAGAAGCCAAAAUUGCUGAAGUUGGAGCUGACAUUGAACUGUUAACAAAGCAGAGCUGAAUCUGUCAGUUCCUGUUAAGGUUGGCAUGAUAAUCUAACAGGUAGAAGAAACUCAACAGCUUGAAAUGUUGCUUUGACUUAAAGUUGGGGAACAGCGGUCCAUGAUAUCAGGAAAACGUGCAAGAGAACAUGGACUUGCAGCGAGUAGAUCAAUUAUUUGAGAAAUACUCCAUACGGGGCAUCCUUGCAAGUUUCGGGAAUAUUGUGCUGAACUUUUGAUUGAAGCUGUAAAUGGGAAGUAAAGGGGGAAGAAGUAACAAUUUGAUCCCACAAAUUGUAUCAUACCCGCGCACAGAUGAAAUCUGAAAUUCAUUGAUUGAUAUUAGAGUGAAUCAUUCUGAAUUUUA